AAAGUGAUGACUUUCCCUUCUCCUCUCCUUUAUAUCCAUAUACUCCUCCUCCUCCACGCGCCACCGUUCCUUGCCGCCGCCGGUGGAUCAUGGUCCCUCCUCCUCCCAAGCAUCGGCAUCUCCGCCAUGCACAUGCAACUCCUCCCCACCGACCGUGUCGUCAUUUACGACCGCACCGACUUCGGCGCCUCAAACAUCUCCCUUCCUGACGGCAAAUGCCGCCCCAACUCCACCGACUGCUCCGCCCACUCCGUCGAGUACAACGUCGCCUCUAACUCCGUCCGUCCUCUCAUGGUCCUCACCGACGUAUGGUGUUCGUCCGGGACGUUGAUGCCCGACGGGAGCCUGGUCCAGACAGGCGGAUGGAACGAAGGCGAUCACGUCGUUCGAGUUUAUAAAUCAUGCGACCAUUGUGAUUGGGAGGAAAUACCAUCUGGGUUAAGUCAACAAAGAUGGUAUGCCACCAAUCACAUAUUACCUGAUGGCCGUCAAAUCAUCGUUGGCGGCCGUCAAUCAUUUAACUACGAGUUCUACCCUAAAAUGUCGGCAACUGAGAACGCACCCAGUUUACCGUUUCUGGUUCAGACUACCGAACCAGAUAUUGAAAACAAUUUAUACCCGUUUGUAUUUUUAAACACGGAUGGGAAUUUUUUCAUUUAUGCAAACAAUCGUGCUAUUUUAUUCGAUUAUGUCCGAAACCAAGUUGUCAAAACCUAUCCAACGAUACCCGGUGGCGACCCGCGGAAUUACCCGAGCACCGGGUCUGCGGUACUACUUCCAAUGCGUAUUGUACAAGGGAAAGUAGCAACGGUUGAAGUGUUAAUUUGUGGGGGUGCACCAAAAGCAGCAUACAAUAAUGCGAAUAGGGGAAAGUUUGAUGGAGCUUUGGAUAGUUGUGGCCGGAUUAAAAUAUCCGACCCGUAUCCCCAAUGGGUCAUGGAGACCAUGCCUUUAGCACGUGUCAUGGGUGAUAUGUUAUUGCUACCAAACGGCAACGUUUUGAUCAUCAAUGGUGGGGCCGCUGGGGUGGCCGGGUGGGAACUCGGACGAGACCCGGUUUUGAGUCCACUUAUUUACGGUCCGGAUUGCCCAAUUGGGUCUCGGUUCGAGAUACAAAACCCGAACACCAUUCCUCGAAUGUACCAUUCGACGGCGGUUUUGCUACGAGAUGGUCGGGUUCUUGUUGGCGGAAGUAAUCCGCAUGAUAAAUAUGAAUUUUCGGACGUACUUUAUCCUACCGAACUGAGUUUGGAGGCAUUUUCGCCUGCUUAUCUGGAUCCAACCUCGUCGGGAUUACGCCCACAACUAGUCUCGCCCAAGACCAGAACCAAGGUCCAUCAUGGACAACGAAUGAACAUAUGGUUCAAAGUCUCGUGCCCAGUGGACCCAAAUUUGGUCUCGAUCACAAUGGUGGCACCACCGUUUAACACACACUCGUUUUCCAUGAAUCAAAGGUUGCUGAUCCUCGAAGGCGGCAACACGACCACCAUUAUCGGAAAAUCUCACUACAAAGUCAGUGUGACGGCACCGUCCUCCGGUAACAUUGCUCCGGCGGGGAAUUAUAUUUUAUUUGUGGUCCAUCAAGAUAUUCCGAGUGAAGGCGUUUGGGUUCGUAUACAAUAA